AUGGCCGAGACCGUCGACGACAAGCUCAGCUACUUCCAGGCCGUCACCGGCAUCUCCGACACGGACCUCUGCACGGAGAUCCUCGCCGCGCACAACUGGGACCUGCAGCUCGCGGUGUCCUCCAUCACGGCCAACCCCUCCUCGCCCUCCGCCUCGGCCUCCACCUCCUCACGCGCCGACCCGGCCCCUUCCGCCCCGCUGGCGGCUGAUGCGGAGUUCGUCGCGCCCCCGCCGCCGAUGCCGAUGCCGCUGCCGCCCCAACAGCAGCAGCAGCCGGGGAUCGCGUGGAGGCUGGUGACGCUCCCCUUCUACGUGGUCUCGGGCGGGGUCGGCCUCGUCGCCGGCACCUUCCGCCUUGGCGCCUGGGUCGCCGGGGGCGUGCUGUCCCGCUCCCUCUCCCUCCUCGGCCUCGCGGGGCAGGCCGGCAGCGGCGACCGCCUGCUAGAGUUGCCGCCGUCAUCUGCCGAGGCGGCCGACUUCGUCGCUGAGUUCGAGCGCGAGUUCGGCGCUGGCCGCGGCCCGCGCUUCGUGGCCCAGGGGUUCGCUGAUGCGCUGCAGCGAGCGCAGCGGGAGUUCAAGCUUCUGUUCGUGUACCUCCACUCCCCUGAUCACCUGGAUACCCCUGCCUUCUGCGGUGGCUGCCUCUGCUCUGAGCCCGUCGCGGCCUUUAUAGAUGAGAACUUCGUUGCGUGGGGUGGUAGCAUCAGAAGGACUGAAGGGUUCAAGAUGAGCAACAGCCUGAAUGCGUCCAGGUUCCCGUUUUGUGCUGUGGUCAUGGCUUCUACGAACCAGAGAAUCAUGCUAUUGCAGCAGGUUGAAGGGCCCAAAUCACCUGAAGAGAUGAUAACAAUUCUUCAACGUGUUGUUGAAGAAUGCGCUACAUCACUCGUUGCUGCCAGGAUUGAAGCUGAAGAGAGACUAAACAACCAACGUUUGCGUGAGGAACAAGAUGCUGCUUACGGAGCUGCACUUGAAGUUGACCAGGCCAGGGAACGUGAAAGGAUAGAGGAACUGGAAAGACGUGAAAGAGAGGCUGCAGAGGCUGAGAGAAAGCGCAAGGAAGAGGAGGAAGCUUUAGCAAGGGCAGCCCAAGAAGCAGCUGAAAAGGAAGCUGCUCUUGCAAGGAGGAGGCAAGAGAAGGCCAUGGCUCUUGGAGCUGAACCUGAGAAAGGACCAAGUGUUACUCGGGUUCUCAUAAGAUUCCCAACUGGAGAGCGCAAAGAGCGGAGAUUCCACAGUUCUACAACCGUCACUUCCCUCUAUGACUACGUCGAUUCUUUAGAUUGCUUGAAAGCAGAGAAGUACAGCCUAGUUUCGAAUUUCCCACGCGUCACAUAUGGUCCAGAGAAGCACUCCCUGACACUGGAGGAAGCAGGCUUGCAUCCCCAGGCGAGUCUGUUUAUCGAGAUAGAACAAUGA